GGCCGAGGCGAUGGAAGCGGAGCCGCGCCGCAGGCAGGAGCAAUCGAGAGCGGAGCGGCGAUGGCGGCCGACGGGCUGCGGCAGCGCCUCGUGCACCUGGACCUGAAGGGCGCCCCGCCGCGAGCCGCUUACCUGGGGCAGGUGCUGCCGCUGCUCCGCGCCCUGGGCGCCACAGGGCUGCUGCUGGAGUACGAGGACACCUUUCCCUACACGGGGCCGCUGGAGCCACUGCGGGCACCACACGCCUACAGCCACCAGGAGCUCCGGGAGCUGCUGGGCCUCGCCAAGGAGCAGGGGCUGGAGGUGGUGCCGCUGGUGCAGAGCUUCGGGCACAUGGAGUUCGUGCUGAAGCACAAGGAGUUCGCCCAUCUGCGUGAGGUCUACUACCUUGGUGAAGGAGAAGAGUCAAAACAGUGGCUGCAACAAGAAGAGAACACACCAGAAAAGCUGUGUUUAUCCCAUAUAAAAGCAGUUGCAAGCUGUAUGGCCUCAUCUUACCCCGCUGUGACUCCCAUCGUGUGGGAUGACAUGCUCAGAGGGAUAAGUGAGGAAACGUUGGCAGAGUCUGGAGUCCCACAGCUUGUGCAGCCGAUGAUCUGGGACUAUGCAGCAGACCUGGAUGUGGAGAGCAAAGUGCUUCUUGUAGAGAAGUAUCGUAGAUGUGGUUUCUCCAAGGUGUGGUUUGCCAGUGCUUUUAAAGGAGCUACAGGGGUGAAUCAGUCUCUAACGCUCAUUGGACACCACUUACAAAACCAUCUUCAGUGGCUGAAAGUGGCAAGCAGUACCCCCACCGAUGUGCUUCAAGGUAUCGCGCUGACAGGCUGGCAAAGGUAUGAUCACUUCUCUGUUUUGUGUGAGCUUUUCCCUGUGGCAAUUCCAUCGCUGGCUGUAUGUCUGCAAGCACUAGAGAAUGGUGGCUAUUCUGAAACGGUUAAAGAGAAUGUGGAAAAGCUCCUGGGAAUGCCCAAUCUGGAAAUUGAUACUUUCAUGAGCACAAGUCUGGGGACCUUUCCUGGGAGCACUAUUCUUACCCUGGUGACACAAGUUAGUUUCUACCUCAAGUCAUCUGUGGAUGAACUUCUUGAACGGAACAGAUAUGUCACAGGCUGGUUCAGUCCCUACCACAGAAAAAGGAAGAUUAUUCAUCCUAUAAUAAUGCAUCACUUUCAGCCAGAUGCAAUAAGUCUUCUGUCAAAGUGGAAUGCUGUGGUGCAAGACCUCCAAGCAGCCAUGGAACAAGUUUUCCACAGCAGUACUGUAGAGGAGUGGAUGGAGGAGAACAUCCACCCCAGCCUACAAAAGCUGCAACAAGUGGUAGAUGAUUUAGAUAAAGCAAUAAAAGCACAAACCUAGGUGUGUUCCAAUUAGUCUCUUUUAUUCCUUGUGAAAUGACUAUUAGACAUCUGCAGCUAAUCAGAGAGCUAGUUUGUCCUCUGAAGAGUUGAAGCAACAACUGAUUAAACAAAAGUGCACUAAGGGCAAAAAGGAAUUUUUCAGGGUAAUACAUGAAAAUUAAUAUGGACUUGAAGCCCAACAUUGCUUAAAUCACCUGUCCUGUCAGGUUUGCUCUCCUUGCAUACCAGAAAGGAGUAGGGCAGAAUUAAUCCACAUUUACAAGGCAGAAGGGAAAAAAGCUUUCCCAAAUUCAGUACAUCUGCUGCACUGUUCAAAUUUGAACCAUGAGCAGUGUGCUGAAUGAGGAGGGAAAAGGCUAAGAUAACAUUGUUUUAAUUUUGAACUUUCAAUAAGCUACAGUAACAUACAUAUGGACUAUAUAUGUAGUAAAAUAUAUGCAGACUUAACUAGAACAUUAAGAUAAUCACAAGGGAAAGUAAUUUGAGUCAGGUAGUUAAAUACGCUACUUUACCAUGCAUACUCAAAAUAGUCUGUUUGCUUCCUUGCAAGUCUUAAUUUGGAAGCACAGGUAUGGACAUUUUCUUGGAACUAGUAUAAAAUGAGCCUAGCUCUAGAUGUAUGAAGUUCAAGAACUGAAGCGUAAGACAUCUUUAACUUGUAAGUCUCCAGGAAUUAGGUCCCUAUGAUUUUUAGAUAGAUACAUUUUUAGAUAGAGAUACACAACUGCCCUGUAAACCUUAAUUACAAAAGUUGCAUACCUUUAACUCAAUAAGAUUUUAUUUUACCCUAAUAAAUCCUUUGGUAUGCAAAAUGUCUAUGCAAAAUGUCUUGAAACUUGCCUUUGUUUUGCAUAUGGUAUGUUGGUUUGGUU